AUGAAUAUCGGCAAAAGCAGAGGUCGGAAAACAUCCUGGGAAAAUGGCCCCAACAACCGGUUGAGAAGACGAGGCAGCGGACCUGCCUCGUCUUCUCAACCGGUUGUUGGGGCCAUUUUCCCAGGAUGUUUUCCGACCUCUGCUUUUGCCGAUAUUCAUGUGAUGGGUCAAGCAGGAAAAGGUACUACUCCUAUCCGGAAAAAACGAAGUGUGCGCAUGGUGCUGUCAUCAGAAGAAGAGAUCGAAUCUGAUGACGUGAGCCUCCAUCGUCGUAAGAUGCAAAACAUGGUGUCCGUGCCCAAUCUUCUUGGUGAUAUUGGUGAUGUUCUUGGCGAUGGGUUUUCUGCGAUGUCAAUUAUGUUUCCAACCAACUACUUCUCACCUAUCUCCCUUUUCAACACCGUGCACUUGGUGGUAUCAGGAGUUUUACUCUUGUGA